UUGUCUUAUUUGUAGUCACAAAGUCUUGUUAAAGUUAAAGGAAUAUUCUUUUGAAAUUGUGUGGCGUUCAUAGUCCGGAGGACAGAUAAUUGUUUGACACGGUUGGAGGUGAAAUCGUAAACAAGGAUAUCCUCUACGUCAAUCACGGCCUGUAGGUUUCCUACAUGUUGAAUGUUUUGAAGUAAUAUAUUCAAAUAAUCAGAUUUUUUUUAGUCAUAAACUAUGAUAAUGGGUCAUAGGGGAAGUAGUGUUGAAAAAAUUUAGGCCCGAACCGCAAACAAAACUCCCGGAGCACUUUGAGCUGCUGGAUCUGGCAGGCAACAGUUCUGCUGCAGCUCACUGGUCAUUGGCUACCACAGCUGUCAAUUUAAGAUUUCAGCGCUUAGCUUCCAAAUAUGGUCAGAUUAAAACCCGCCCCCUCGUGACCAAUUGAAUCCCCCCAUUUUUUCUGAAAUAUCAGUUUCCGGUCCGGAUUCCACAAGAAAACUCGAUUGACUACGAAAACAAUUUGAAAAAGUUUUGUUAAAUUAUUUUAUAGAAUUUUAAGAAUCUGGUUCUCUUUUAUAUCCUUUUGCCUUUUAGAGACUGGUGUUUUUACAUAACAGCUGGGAUACUGACGUCUUACAUGGGUGGUUUUUGACUGAAGUAAAUGUGAAAAAAAAAAACCCAAUUUAUUUAAAAGAACAUUUUAGGGUAUUAGAGACCCUAGUGAGUAAGUAAAGUAUGUGUGGAAUGACCUUAAACCCGUAUUAUUUUUAUAUGAAAUAUCUGUAUGAUAUGCCUUCCUUGAGCCUGCACAAUCAGUAUUUAAUUGUAAGUGGUAGUACUAACUAAACCCACUUUUAAUACGAUUUUGUUUUUUAGCUUAGUGAGUGAGACAGAUAUGCACACAUUAUUUUGAAAGGCCAGUGUGUGGCUCCCUGUUGGGUUUUUCCUGUCUGUGAUCAGACUCCAGUGAGAUCAGUGCACAACUUCCCCUCAGUCUAUACGUCUGUGGUAACUAAGGAUCUGGAAUUGGGAAAAAACAGUCACUGUGGGAUUGUUGAAGAGAAUAGCAUCAGUCUGGAGCAGAGUUCUUUUCCUGCACAAACAUGACAGGCGCUCAAGCAGCCCGGAGACAGCAGAGCUGUCAUACGUCACACACUAACGGUCGUCAGGAGAUCGGUACACGCUCUAGUCGGACUGGGGUGCGUUCACGCAGCUCGGAGGAACCGCAGCAGCCGCAUGUCGGCAACUACAGGCUGCUUAAGACCAUUGGGAAAGGCAACUUUGCCAAAGUGAAAUUGGCCCGGCACAUUCUCACAGGCAGAGAGGUUGCAAUUAAGAUAAUAGACAAGACGCAGCUGAACCCAAACAGCCUUCAGAAGCUCUUCAGAGAAGUUAGAAUAAUGAAGAUUCUGAAUCAUCCAAACAUAGUGAAGCUUUUUGAAGUCAUAGAGACAGAGAGGACACUGUACCUGGUAAUGGAGUACGCCAGCGGAGGGGAGGUGUUUGACUACCUGGUUGCUCAUGGAAGAAUGAAGGAAAAAGAGGCCAGAGCUAAAUUUAGACAGAUCGUAUCAGCAGUGCAGUACUGUCACCAGAAGCACAUUGUUCACAGAGAUCUGAAGGCCGAGAACCUGCUCCUGGAUGCAGACAUGAACAUCAAAAUUGCCGACUUUGGCUUCAGUAAUGAGUUCACCCUGGGCAACAAGCUGGACACGUUCUGCGGUUCUCCUCCGUACGCAGCACCGGAGCUGUUCCAGGGGAAGAAGUAUGACGGGCCAGAGGUGGACGUCUGGAGUCUGGGAGUCAUUCUCUACACCCUGGUCAGCGGGUCACUGCCCUUCGAUGGACAGAACCUCAAGGAGCUGCGAGAACGUGUUCUCAGAGGAAAAUAUCGCAUCCCCUUCUACAUGUCCACCGACUGCGAGAACCUCCUCAAGCGCUUCCUUGUGCUCAACCCGUCCAAGAGAGGCACUCUCGAGGUGAGGGAGGACGCAGAAAAUCAAAUCAUGAAGGAUCGAUGGAUCAAUACUGGGUUUGAUGAGGAGGAGCUGAAGCCGUACACUGAACCAGAGCUGGACAUCACAGACCAGAAGAGAAUAGAUGUGAUGGUGGGAAUGGGCUACAACCUGGAUAAGAUCCAGGAAUCUCUGGCUAAGAUGAAGUACGACGAGAUCACCGCCACCUACCUGCUGCUGGGCAGAAAGGCUUCUGAGAUGGACCCCAGUGAGUCGGCCUCUAGCAGUAACCUCUCUCUGACCAAACCCAGACCAAACAGUGAACUCAACGGCCAGUCACCGUCACACCUCAAAGUUCAGAGGAGCGCCUCGUCCAACCAAAAACAGAGGCGUUACAGCGAACAAGUUGGUCAGAAUCCUCCAGGAGCGGCUCAUCCAAAGCGGAGUCAGACGACCACAGCGGAAAAUGGCACCAAAGAAGAAAGUGGUGUCCAGCUGCGUAAACCCACCACCCCGGGAAGCCGUGGAGCUCCGCCCUCCAGCCCCAUCCUGGGCAACGCCAAUAACCCCAACAAGGCUGACAUCCCCGACCGUAGGAAAGGUGCCACCACUGCCCCGGCUAACAACACUGCGUCGGCAGGAAUGACCAGAAGAAACACGUACGUCUGCAGCGACAGGAACAACACGGAUCGACUUUCGGUCAUUCCCAACGGGAAAGAGAACAGUAGCAUUGCCGUCUCUCCUGCUGGUCAGAGGAACCCAGUGGCGUCCACUCACAGCGUGGCCAACGCCACCACGCCCGACCGACUGCGCUUCCCCAGAGGAACCGGCAGUCGCAGCACCUUCCACGGCGGGCAGCUGAGAGACCGACGCACUGCCACUUACAACGGCCCCCCGGCCUCACCCACCCUCUCCCAUGAUGCCACACCUCUCUCUCAGACCCGCAGCCGUGGAACCAGCAACCUCUUCUCCAAACUCACCUCUAAACUCACCCGCAGAAACAUGUCAUUCAGAUUUACCAAAAGAGUCUCCACCGAGUUUGAGAGAAACGGGAGACUUGAGGGCUCAAGUCGCCAUGUACCUGGGGAUCAGAAAGGGGAAAUUAAGGACGGUAAGCCCCGCUCCCUCCGCUUCACCUGGAGUAUGAGGACCACCAGCUCCAUGGAGCCCUGCGACAUCAUGAGGGAGAUCCGCAAAGUGCUGAACGCCAACAACUGCGACUUCGAGCAGCAGGAGAACUUCCUGCUGCUGUGCGUGCACGGCGAUGCGCGUGCCGAGAACCUGGUGCAGUGGGAGAUGGAGGUGUGCAAACUGCCCCGUCUGUCGCUCAACGGCGUCCGCUUCAAGAGGAUCUCCGGCUCCUCCAUCGCCUUCAAGAACAUUGCUUCCAAAGUUGCCAACGAGUUAAAGCUAUGAGCAAAGAAAGUCCCACCACAGAAACAAAGCAGUAUGUGUAGAAGUAUUUAAAGAGUACAAUCAUCACAGUAGCAGUUUCCAAACGUCUCCUUUUUUAAAACAACAGAAAUGUAUGAAAUAUUCUAAUGUAUAGUUUAAGGCUUUUGGCAAUAGUCACUGAAUGACCUACUAAUAUCACAGGCUCCACUUUAACCCAUUUUUUUGUCAUGCUGUGAAUGUGGACAAAAACAAAAGCAUUUCUAGACUUAUUUAUUUAAUCUGUUUUUUUUUUUCUUUUCUCUUCUGGAAAAAGACAAAAAAUGACGUAGCUUUUUUUGUUUUCAGUGUACAUAAUGUAUCUUACUUUACAAACAGCUUCACUGCAGUACUCUUUUUUUUUUUCUUUCUUUUGUAUUUGGUUGAAAAAGUAGAGACGACGGCAGAGUCCGUGUCAAAAGGUCGAGGGUCACUUGUGUCUCGAUUAAAGUGUCUGUCAACAUGAACGUCUCUUUGUCUCCAGCUGAACUCGUAUGUCUGGAUGAAGAAAUGAGAAUUAAAAGAAACACUUCAUUGGUUCAGUUG